UAGUCAGCGCGCUUAAACGACGACAACUGCACGGCGCGCCCCCAUUAAUAAUAUAUAUUUUUCCAAAAAUAAACUUAAAAAAAAUAAUUAAAUAAAAAAUAAUAUUAACAUUGAACGCGCGGUGCACGAUUUUUUGACAACAAUUCAGUUUCGCUUUUCCUUAGAUUUCCAUAUAAUUUUUUCCUUUGUGUUUUCCACACACGUGGUGUUCUUCUGUUACUCGCACUUCGGUAGUGGUUAUUUUUUUUGGGUUACAUUGAAAAAAGUACAUCGACUGCCAGCCGAAUUCCCAUUCGAACCUUAAUUUGACCAAUUGACGGAAAAUUAAUUGCGCACAAAAUUAAUUAGCAAGCGAAUAUAUCAUUUUUUUUACGUGAAACGAGCGUGUUAUUUGUCAAAAAGAUUUUACAACUGAUUGUGUUUAAGUAAAUUAACCUGAGAUAUAUCUAUGUGUUUGUGCUACGAUACGAAAUUCCGAUAUUGCGAUCACCCUUUAAAUGCCUUUCGUCCAGAGAUUCCAACAAAUACGUAAUUUUGUUAUGAACGUCUGCCUCGUCGAGGCCAUCCAAUUCGUGCAGGACCUCACGCAUGCCCUCUGCCUGGACCUCCAGGGCCUGUUCAACCUCAAGUAGAGAUUCCCGAGCGAUCUCCCAGCGCUCAUCCCAUCCAUCACCCAGAUAAACUACCACCUUCAUUAACACACCGCAAGCAUCUCACAACGCUGACCAAUAAA